UUUGUCUUAUUCUAUGCUUUAUCUAUUGUCAUUUACAGCAGAACUAUAUGAAUUAAUGAUUGCAAUGUAUUUGUUUAUAAUUUUAAAACUUGUUUUUGUGUUGGUAAUCCCGUCGUCAAGAGCAGAUGGCAUCUGUCGGGAUGGUUGGACUCACCAUGAAUCUUCAUGUUACCAUUUCAGUCAUGACACUGAGCCAAUGCUCCUGGCUAGCAUAUCAUGUCAGCAUAUGGGUGGAGAUUUAGUAGAGAUCGAGACCGCUGCGGAAAAUGAUUUUCUCUUCGCCAAAGUUAAGGUGUUAAAUGCAAAUUUCUGGAUCGGACUAAGCGAUAUACAGGAGGAGACAGUUUGGCUUUGGUAUGGAAGCAACCGCCACUUAACAUCAACAGGGUAUCAGAACUGGUAUCCCGGGGAACCAAACAACAAUAAAGGGGAAGAAAAUUGUGUCAAUAUAGCUCCAGAUACUGGUGGUCAGUGGAAUGAUAUACCUUGUUUCUCUCAACGGAAAUAUAUUUGUGAGAAAAAGGAUGA